AUGGAGAGCACAUGGUCUGAAGUACAGCACACAUGCGACAUUGGCUUGAACAAAGUAUCGCCCGUCUCUGCCCUCUGUUGGGAUCCUUACCAUGAGCUAUUAUGGGUGGGCAAUGACUCUGGUCGUGUGGCAUCAUAUUAUGGAAAAGGAUUACAACGCUACACCUCAUUCAAAGCCCACAAAGAUCAACAAAUUCGACAGAUCAGGGUGACUGACCGAGGAAUCAUCAGUCUCAGUCCCAAGAGCAUUCAGAUGCGAGACAGACGAGGCAUGGUCAAAUGGAACAUUAGUAAUGAACACACCCGCGAUCUACAUUGCAUGAUGGCAACCACAUUGAUAAGUGGAGAGUUGUUGGUAGCAGGUCAACAAGACGAUAUGCUGGUAGUUAGUAUGGCUCGUGGCACUGUAACUCGUACAGUCCCAGGUGCAUCAAAUAUCGUAGUAAUGCGCAACCUGCCUCGAGCUAUCUGCUGUGGAUCAUUACUUGGAGAGGUUACCUUGAGAGACACACGGACGAUGAAGGUCGAACAGAGAGUACAGGCACACACUGCAACACUGUCAGAUAUGGAUGUUUCAGGGAAUCUGCUUCUCACUUGUGGAUUCUCACAGAGACAGGGUUCGUUAAUUAUGGACCCAUUAGUAAAAGUAUACGAUAUACGAAUGGCUGUACGAUCAUUAGCACCCAUACCAUUCCCCAGUGGACCCAUGUUCCUAAAAAUGCACCCAACCCUCAGCACAACAUGCCUGGUUGCCUCACAAACAGGCCAAUUUCAGAUGUGUGAUGUAUCGAAUCUAACAAUGGGAUCUUAUGCACCUCCCGCCCAAUUCUACCAAAUCCAGACUUCGAGCUACAUCACAGCCAUGGAUAUAUCUAGCUCAGGACAGGCAUUAGUGUUUGGUGAUGGAGCUAGCUUUGUGUACGAAUACGCCGACAGAGAAGAGUUCGAAAUCAAUCCCUAUUCAUUACCAUUAUCCACGCCUGACCUCGUCGCACCUCCAAAUGUGGUGAUGACCGAAGAGAGUCCUCUGUCAUCGAUCGGUAUGCCAUAUUACACUGAACCUUUACUUUCCGUAUGGCCAUCCAACACUGUGUAUGAGGUCGGUCACCCAGCUCCCCAGAUCGACGAAGAAGUUUUGAGAAAUAUGAAGAUGAUUGAUUUUGUUGGCCAUGCACCAAAUCCUGGGAAUAUGCUUCGUAACCAAGUCGCACGCAAGAAGAAACAUGCACACAAAAGAGACGUACCCAAAUUUAGAUCUGAGCAGGAACGCGAGCUUCUUCUAGCGAACACUCAUUCUGGACGUCGUUCAUCUUCUACCGGAGAUCUUCGAAAAGCAGAUCCUCUUGGUUUGAUUAUGCCACAGCAUUAUCGCCGUGUAGAAAUCCAAUACAGUAAAUUUGGUGUAGACGAUUUUGAUUUUGGAUACUAUAAUCAGACCGUUUAUGGUGGAUUAGAAACACAUAUCCGUAACUCGUACUGCAAUUCUCUUCUUCAAAUGCUUUAUUUUACUGUUCCUCUACGCAAGAUAGCCAAAUCUCAUAUUGGCACACCUUGUCCCAAAGAAAACUGUCUUCUGUGUGAGCUCGGUUUCUUGUUCCGUAUGCUUGACGAUGCCAAUGGUCAGAAUUGCCAGGCUACAAACUUCCUGAGAGCUUUUAGUACUAUUCCACAAGCUGCUGCUCUUGGCUUAUUUGAGCCCGAGACACCCGAUCGCAACAUAUCUUAUUCGACUCUUAUGCAAAACUUUACUCGCUUUAUCAUGGAGCAACUACACCAGGAAUCCAACGCAUCGAAUGAAAACCCUUUGAUCUCAAAGAUUCUCAAUCUUGACAAUGAUACCCUCAGUCAAAGCAAAUGUGGGAGUUGCAACCACGAAAUAUCUCGCAUUACAUAUCCGUUUGUUGUAGACAUGCUGUAUCCCAAAAAGAGAGAACAAAAGUCUCGCAAACGGUCGUUCACUAGUGUUUUGAAAGCAAGCAUGUAUAGAGAAAACCAAACCAAGGCAUGGUGUCCUAGCUGUCAUCAAUACCAACCAACCACUACCAAAAAGAUCAUUCGUGGCUUACCUGGUGUUUUAUUGAUCAACUCGGGAGCUUCUAAUAGUGACGAGGCCGCCAUUUGGCGUCAAAACGGACCCAAUAGUCCCAAAAACUCUCUGUCUUCUCCGCAGAUAGAAGGUCAAGAAAGGAAGGAGAUCCCUAUCGAAUUCAAGGGCGCACCAGACACAUGCGCUAUUUACGAACUAUCUUCUACCAUUCUACAGAUUAAGGCUGACGAAGAGCUUCCUCAUUUGGUUGCUCAAAUCAAAAUACCUACUGAUGAACUUGAAGAACAUUCAAAAACACCUUGGUAUUUGUUCAAUGACUUUUUGGUUAAGAGUAUUCGCCAUGAUGAAGUACUUUCUCUCAAGGGAACGUGGAAGACGCCCUCAGUGUUACAAUACACUCGUAUUGAUUUAGAUUCUUUGCUUGAUCUUGAAAAAUUGCCUUCAGAAGUCGAUUAUUCUUUAUUAUUCAAAGACUUGUCAAUUGCAAAACAACCUGUGGUAGAGCCUCGUCAUGAGAUAUUAACUCCUGAAGAAAUGCCCAAGCCUGGAACAAUUGUAGCCAUUGAUGCUGAGUUUGUUGCUCUUAACCAGGAAGAGACUGAAAUCCGUAGUGACGGCACCAAAUCUCUUAUUCGUCCAAGUACGCUCACACUUGCGCGAGUCAGUGUGUUGCGAGGAGAUGGCGAAAAGGAAAAUGUGCCAUUUAUCGAUGAUUAUAUUGCUACUAGCGAACCUGUGGUGGACUACUUGACAGAAUUUAGCGGUAUUGAAGCUGGUGAUUUGGACCCCAAGACCUCAAGAUAUACUCUUGUUCCACUCAAGGUGGCAUAUAAAAAACUUCGAAUGCUAGUUGACCUGGGCUGUAUAUUUGUUGGCCAUGGAUUAAACAAGGAUUUCAGAAUUAUCAAUUUGCUUGUUCCUCCUGAGCAGAUCAUUGAUACUGUUGAUAUCUAUCAUAUUCGUAACAGACAACGUAAAAUCUCGUUGCGAUUUUUGGCGUGGCAUCUUCUGCAUCAAGAUAUUCAAUCUGAAAGUCAUGAUAGUAUAGAAGACGCACGGACAGCACUUGUGUUGUAUAAAAAAUACCUUGAAUACAGAGAAAACGGAACAUUUGGUCAAGUACUUGAAGAUGUGUACGAGGCCGGCCACCGGGCUAAUUGGCUCAAAGGACCCAAGGAUGCCCUGUCUCGAAUUCCUACCACGCCACAGAUUGAAUCUGUGUUAGCUCCUAACCAAAUUUUUACAGUUGCUGGUUGGCCAUAG